CGCUUUGAGGAGUGAAACCAGCAGCGGGCUCUUCAAAGUCCCUCCGGGGAGGGGACUCAAGCUGCCGACGGGAUUCUCGAAAGGGAGGGUGUUAGGGAAGGACGGCGCAUAUGUUGGGCACUGUCUCUGAUCUCUACGCUCAGUUUCCCCCAGUUAGGUCCUGCACGUGCUUGACUCCAGUCAGCCACCGUAGGCCCCGCACCCCGCAGUGUACUUUCUUACGACCCUUCUACCGGUAGCUCCGUGCUUGCUCACCAACUGGCCUGCCUUGCGCACCCACCCCUCCUUCCAUUUCUUCUCCCCCGCAGCAGCCUCCGCUGGCUGCGACUGCGCAUGCGUACCGACGCCCCACACCGGCCCCGCGUGGGAGGAGGGGAUGGAAAUGAAGCUGAGCCGAGCCGCUCACGCGCGCUCCCUCCCCUCCCGUCGCUAGGCACGCGGCCGGCGCUGCAGCUUUGCCACGUCCGAGGGCAGCGCUGCAGCUGCUGCGGCCACGGCGGGAGGGGCCUGGAGCCCCGCCCCCGGGGAGGGGCCUUCUGCAGGUCUCCCCUCUACCCUCCCCGCUGGGGAUGAAAUUUAGCAACGAGAAGGAACCCGUUCACGCGGCGUCGAUGGACUGAGACUAAACCGAGACUCGGACCAGCAAGAUGCUGGAGCGAGAUGCAGAGUCCGCCGCCGGGGACACCGAUCCUAGUCCCACUGGCAAGGAACCGGUAACCAAAGAAGGAGCUUCCCCCCAGGGCUCAACGCAGAAGCCCAGCCAGUCGGUUCCAGGGCCUGCCUCGUCCGUGGGGGUGCCUUCCCGACCCCGCCGGCGGCCCCCACCCCAGCGCCCACACCGCUGCCCCGACUGUGACAAGGCCUUCUCGUACCCGUCCAAGCUGGCCACGCACCGGCUGGCACACGGUGGCGCUCGGCCUCAUCCGUGUCCCGACUGCCCCAAGGCCUUCUCCUAUCCCUCCAAGCUGGCAGCUCACCGCCUCACGCACAGUGGCGCCCGCCCACACCCGUGUCCACACUGCCCCAAAGCCUUUGGCCACCGCUCCAAGCUGGCAGCCCACCUCUGGACCCAUGCACCCACCCGCCCCUACCCAUGCCCCGACUGCCCCAAGUCCUUCUGCUACCCCUCCAAGCUUGCAGCCCACCGCCACACGCACCAUGCCACCGACGCACGCCCCUAUCCAUGCCCGCACUGCCCCAAGGCUUUUUCAUUCCCCUCCAAACUGGCCACCCAUCGCCUCUGUCACGAUCCCCCGACGGCACCGGGCAGCCAGGCCACAGCCCGGCAUUGCUGCUCCAGCUGCGACCAGGCCUUUGGCCAAAGACGCCUCCUGCUCCUUCACCAGCGCAGCCACCACCAGGCUGAGAGUCAGGGGGAGCGCGAGUGAGUCCUCCCCUCGGCUCACGGGCCCCUCUGCCACCAGCUGGGGUCAGUGAAGAGGUGGCAUUUUUAAGCUGGGCUGUAAGGACUUGCCUUGAGCAGACAGCUGUCAGGGAGACGGACUCCACACUGGGUUCCAGCCCAGAGGGCUUAGGAACAAUUUGCUCACCUGUUUUGGGGGAGGGGAAGGUAUCAUCCACAGACUUAGCGCUGGGCCCCAAACCACAGGCUUGGAGCUGUGGUUUGAAAGCAAGCCGACUCCGGUUCUUCCCUUCAUUUAUAAGGCAAAAGUAAGAAGUCUGCUACCAUCGUUGGUUGCCGAGGAAUGUGGGGAAACGGCGUCUCUCCUUAUUGUAAGUUAAAUCGGUGCCUCCAUUUUGGCCAUUUGUCCAUAAAAAAAUUUAAAACGCUUACAUGCUCGUGUCAACUAUUCCACUUCUAGGAACUUACCCUAUAGAUAGACUCAAACACUGAAAAAGGCAUAAGGAUGUUGGGAAACCACCCAAGUGCCCACCAAGAGGGGACCAGCUAACGAAACACAACACAGUGUUUUGUUAGAACAGCCAGAGAACGGACUAUGUUGCUAUAGGAAAUAAAGCUCUCUUUGUCCAGUUGGGGAAUGAGUCCCUAAAUAUACGAAAUGAUAAAAGCAAGAACAAAGGGCUUACUGCCAACAGUGUAAACAUUUUUUUAAAACUCAAGCUUUGGAGCCAGCCUAGACCCACUGCUUAUGAGCCAAGGGACCCUGGACAAGCUUUGUCACUUCUCUGGACUCGGAUGCCUUAUCUAUAACAUGGGAGUGCUAGGAGGCCUUUGUAAGGGCACAAGCAUCAUCUUUCGCAGUCACUUCCCUUCCUGGAGGCUGUUUCUCCUGCUAUAAAAUAGGAAUGAGCGAACAAUGGACUGCACUUCAUUUUUCAGGUGUGUAUUAAGCCCCUGUAGCAUGCUAGGCCCUGCGCAGGGUGGUAGGCACGCAGCAGUGAAUAAGACAGGCCUGGUCUAGCAAGGGGGAGUGGGCGCUAGUCAACUGGGGGCCAAGAAAAAAAAAAGCAAAUAAGUCAACUCCAUCUUGAAAAACAAAGUAGGGGAGGGAGCCUUGCUCCCCAGCCCAGGUACCAAGAAUGACUUCAGAGUCCUAGGAAAGACAUCUGCGGUGUUGGCAUGGGAAAAGACGAGCGGAAGAGAACUGAAGGCUCCGAAAUGGCCUUGUGCUCACAGGAGGUCCUGACAAGUGACUAUCCCCACAAGUAGAUCGAAGGUUGGCACACUUCUGGAAAGGACCCGAUAGUAUAUAUGUUUAGGUUUUGCAGGCCACAGUGCCUGCCACAACCACCCAGCUCCGCCCCUGGAGUAAAA